UACACAGAAGGCAGAGAGGCAGAUACAGAAGCAUAGAGAGCACAGUGAAUCAGAGACAUGGAGUAAGAGGACAGAAGGAAAAUCAAAGACUCAGUGCAUCUUAAGCGCAGCUCAGCUGGGGACCUUCCGAAUGCUCAUUCAGCUGGCUUAUGAUUGUCCUCACUUGCUCAGCUGUGAACGAGAGUCUGGCCAGAAUGGAUUUCAUUUUGGUCAAACAGCCACGGACCAGGAGCGGCAGCAGCUCUGCAGAUUAUUAUAACUCCGCUUGGAUUAUUUCAGAGACUUCUGCUCUUGUGAUGAACGGAAAUGAGAGCUUGCAGAAAGGAAGAUGAACCUUGAUUCUUUGGAGGGCUCGAUCCAGAACCUGCUGUCUGUGCUGUAUCCGCCCUUCGAGGCCACUGCCCCAACUCUUCUCAGCCAGCUCUUUCAAAUCAUUGAAAGUCGAUACCAGGGAGAUGCCCUACGGUGCCUGCUGGACUUUUUGGUCCCAGCUAAGCACAUUUUAGACACUGUGCAGCAGGCUGCUUGUGCUCCGUACUUUGAUGCUCUCUUCUUGUGUGAGGGCUGGCCUCUGUGUUUACGUGACCAAGUUGUUCUCCACCUCGCUCCCAUCAGCCCCCUACAACUUCAGCCUGGCGACUUUUACCUCCAGGUCGCACCCUUUUGUGACCAAUCAGCUCGAAUCGUGGUCUGCAGCCUCCUGGAAGAAGAGGGGCUUAUAAUAGAGGUAGUUGAGGAGACUCCAAUCCCUGAGACUUCUUAUCCUUGUAUAUUCAGCUGUGACUGGUUAGAGGAGAUCAACCGAGGCCGCCAUGGCACGCCUCUCAGCCAAUGCCUUCUUGCCACAGAGAAGGGUGUGGUGAGGUUACCAUGGGAACGGGUGGCCGUGCCUGACUUUGUGGAUGUGCCACAGUGUGCUGGGAGUAGCAUGGCCUCUGCUCCUCCUGCACAUCCUCCUUUAGCUCCUCUGCUUCCUCUUCCAUCUCCUCUUCCUCAUCCUGACGACUCUCCUAAUCAUUCUUCGCCCCUUUCUCCUUUAAAAGAAUCUGCACCAAAGGAUUAUCCCGUGACCAUUAAAAAUCCCAUUUCAUCCUCUUCUUCACAUCCCUCUGCCUUCUCUGUGGAGACAAGAAUACGUCCAGCAAAGCACGGCAUUGCUGUGUCACUCCGCCUGGUGGAUUCUAGGGCUGCUUCUUCAUCUAGUCUGGCAAAAGUGCAAGAGACUGAAUCAGAGCCCAAGCUUAUUGGGUGGGUGUCUCCUAACUCCUCGGACAGUUGCUUAAGUGAAAGAGGUCCAAAUACAGCCCCAAAAGUCAGCACUUCAGAAGGUAUAUGCUCUCCUGUAUGUGUAGAUGUGAACGGAUGUAAAGAUGAAGAUAUAGAGCAAGACAAAAAUAUAGAUACAAAUAUUAAAGGGCCAGUAGGUCAAGUUCCUGCAGAAGGGGAAUAUAUUGAUAUUCUGCAGGCAACCAUGCUUUUCAGUAAAGCUCAGAAAGUAAAAGAAGAAAAACAGAAAUUAGACAUGCAAAUGCAAUCAAAUGAUCAAAUCAAACCACAAAUGCAAAGAUAUCCACAAAGAUGCGCACAAAUGCAACCACACGCGCAAAUGCAGCCAUACGGGUCGACACAAAGACAGCCAAACGCACAGAUAUCAUCUCAGACACAGUCACAGGCACACUUGAAGUUUCCUGCUGAAACACAAAGUCACUGUAGACCAGAGGCGGCUGCAUCAAUGAGGCUCGGUACGUCCACAGAAGGGCAACCUCUAUCUGCUCCCCAUCAUUCCCAGUCCCAGUCCCAUCACCCUUACCCGGACACCCUAGAUACCUCUCAGUGUGUCCGCACUGUCCGAUUCUCUGAGAAACCCUGUACCCCGUGCAUGAGAAGAAGACAGGGUGGGAAGGUCUCCAAAGCUCAGGAGCUGAGGUGUCGGUACAGGGAUUCCUACCAGGCUGCUAUCCAAAACCCUGUCGCCUUUGGACGGGAGAAAGAGAAGGACAAUAUGUCAGCUGUGAUGGAGGAGGAUGGUGAGUUCUCACAGUGUGAUGACAGACUGAAACUACCAGAGACUAAAAUGAGGGAUCCGUGGUGUGCCAUUCAAGGAAAGUGGUUUGAUCCUGGGAUGCAACGGCAGUCUGCUUCAUCUGUCAGUGGAGGCAUAUGUAUGGAGUCGGGAGAGAAAAACACUGUGCCGUAUUGGAAAGCAGGGGAUAAAAACACUGCUCCCUGUAUGGAUUACAGAGAAACUAGUGUUUCAACAUUUGGUGGGAUGCCUGCACAGUCAUCUGAAAGGACCACUAUGUCAUUAAGAGAACCAAGGGACUCACAUUCUGCAAAAACUUUUAGUAAUUUUCCCAAUGACAAUGUGAAUGGGUCAAACUUAGCAGUAGGUAGCAGUAUAAACUCCAACAGAGCUCUGUCAAGCUCAAAUGUUCCUCAACAGUCAGAUGUUAUCUCUGCUAAACACAAACACAUGUCAUCAGCCGGUACAAAUCAAGUUUCAGACACUAAGGUGAACCUAAAACCUUGUGAAAGGCUAAGAAGCAGAAACAAUUCCAUGGGAGUGAAUCCAAACUUUUCAAAGUCUCUGUCAGCACCACCUAACAGAACACGAUCCACGUCAGAUGGCAGGUGUUCAUCCCUCUCCACAGCUGUGGUGGACACCUCAGAGAAGUGUCAGCUUGUCAUUGUUGAAGGUAAAAAUGUUCGGAGAAGAGAAGCUACAGACUUCAGUGCAGAGCUUCCUCAGCUGCAUGUGGUGAAAUGCAAACACAGCACAGCCUUCCGACUGGUGUCACCCAAGGUCAACAGGAAGAACAAAGCCAUUGCUGACAGUGCUCAGCCUGAGUGUUUGACCGUAACCAGUAGAAAUGACCAUCAGAUGAAGAACCCGUCACAGACAGGUGCACCGCUGGAAACAGAGACAGCAACUGUCUCUCAGCCUGUCUCCGCUCGCCCCAGACCUGACCACCUCCCCCUGGGAUCCCCUGACCCUAAAGCUCACCCUCUUUAUUUAGGAGUGGCUUCUCUUACAGGCGGCCGAGACAGGACAGGCAGGACAAUCGUUGAACUCUAUGGAGACCACCAGGGAUGGAGAUCAGCUAUUACAAGCAUGGAGCUCUACACAAUGCUGCACUACUUCCACUCUAUAACCAGGAGAGAAAUCAGAGAAGCUGGAAUGACGCUCAUUUUUGAUGCAAGGAAAACAAACCCUCAACCACAGCUCUAUAAAGCCUUAAUGACACUUCAGGAGCAGACUUUCCAGGCCGUUAACAGCUUCGUGCUGCUCUUCGACAAGGACAACAGCCCUCGGCCUGAGCAGUGUCCUGGGAUCCAGACUGAAAUGGUGACAUCAAUGAAAGCCUUGCUCAAGCUGGUGGAGGUGAGUCAGCUGAGCUUCCGUCUAGAUGGCACAUUGUCUCACAGCACCUGUGACUGGAUGGAGCUGCAUCAGAAACUCUUCCCAUUUGUGUCUGAUCUUCAUGAGGCGUCCAACCUCCUAUUGAGAGCCAUCAGUAAGUUAGAGGAGCCUCACAGGACAGACUGUGUGCAGACUGUACAGCAGUGCAUGAUGGACCAGAGGACUCUGAUGCAGGAUGUACUGGAGGACAGUCGAUUGGUCAGCCUGCAGAGGGAGGGCGGUGCUAUGCUGGCGAGGCUGAGGAAGGAGAGUGACCUCAAGUACCCCAACUGCGAGGACCUCAGUGAUGCAGUGGACUCAGUGACCAGCUUAUACAACCUCGUGGAGGAGCAAGCUCAUGUUCUUGUGCAGAGGUCCAACUUGUCACUGGAGCACCUGAAGUAUCUGCUGCAAGUUAGAGAAAUGGAGGGGCACUUCUUGCAGAUGCAGCAGUGGUUAGACGUAGAGGGAGAGCGACACCUGCUGGAUGCUGCAUCAGUUGAAGAGUCUGGAGACAGAAUGGAGCAGAUCCUCAACAGCUUUACUGGCUUCCUUAUUGAUGCAAACGACCGGAGGCAGCAUGCCAUGACUUUGGUGUCAGAGGCAGAGCGCCUCCAGCUGAGUGGGUCAGCCUACCUGGAGACAGAAGCCUUUUGGACUCUGGUCUGCACCUUCAAGACGGGCCUGGAGGACUUUCUCUGUAGGGCUGAGGAGUGUGGCAGGGAGCUGCAGACCAUGGUCAACGUUUGUGAUUUUUGUGAGCAGGCUACAGCUCUUGCAAGUGAAUGCAUUGAGUACUUGGACCAGAGUCUCUCUGGAAAGCACACAUUGAAAGGCCAUGAUGAAACUUCGACACAUAUAAAUCAAACAAAUGAUCAGUCAACACAUCACCAAAGCCAAGAGUCUGGACCAACCAAAGCAUCCCUCUGCCCAUCUUAUGCUCCUGCAGCUCAUUGCUCCGAUCCAACAAUGGUCGACGUAUUACUGACAGAAAGUGACAACUCUGUGCUCCAGACUUUCCAAGACAAGUUCCUACAAUUCAGCCCAGAGAGAUUUCAGGAGGUGAAAGUCCAGGCCGGCUCCCUGCAGGGCUCCAAGGGGAUGCGGGUCUGGAAUGUAGCCUGGCUCAAAUGCCAUGAGGCCAGACAGCAGCUUCAGGAGAGGAUGCAGGAUGCUAUCGAAGUUUUCCAACAACCAGAAUCUGGCAGUCAGUGUGAACAUUAUGUUGAUGUGGUGAGCACUAAUGCCCAGACACUGCCCCCUGGUGGCCAGAGUCUGGUGGUACAAUCAACACCUGGGCCUCGACACCCGCAGUGGGAGGGCAUCAUAACUGGAGCUGUGGAUAUAGGGAAGAGAAGGCCUAUUCUGGGCAGUAACAGCACUAAUUCAACACCUUUAGCCUGCUGUAACAUCAAUGCCAAAGCUGAGGAUAGCAGUGAUGCUGGGAACAGCCAGGGGUCAAAGGUCACUCCACAGUCACCUAAAAGGUCAGUAAGAAAAACAGAACGAGAGACAAGAAGGAGACAGGCUAGCAGAGCGAGGAGUGAGAGGGAUGCUGCUGCCCUGUCUCAGUCACACACUGUCGGAUGUCAGUGGUUCCCAUGGGGGCGAGGUCUUGGACUGAGGUCUGUCAGCCAAGACUCAUGCACCCCAAGAGUACCAACAGCAGAGUCACCCUCUCCUCCAGAGCAUCAGGUCCGAUCCCCGUCAUCCUGCUCCCACCACGGUCAGCCAUCUUGUCGGAUCCUUCAGGAAGCUCAGAAGUUCCAGAUCUCCCGCCACGGGAGCUUCUGCUCUGAAGACUCCUGCUUGAGCGGCCGGGCAGCUGCAGGGGCUGAUGGGACUAUGAGCUGCAAACACUCCAGCCUGCCUAUUGGAAGAUAUGAGGGGGUGUUUAGUUUGGCAAGUCCUCAAGAGAGUGCCAGCAAUGCCAUGAGGUUGCAGCGUGUCCUGGAGGAGCUGGUGUUCACAGAAAGGGAAUAUGUACGUUCACUAGGUUACAUCCUGACCCACUACCACCCCCUGCUGGACAAACCAGACAUUCCUCAGGACCUCAGAGGAAAGCGAGGUGUCAUCUUUGGAAACCUGGAGAAGCUUUAUGACUUCCACAGUCACUAUUUCCUACCAGAGCUGGAGGCCUGCCAGAGGGAACCUGCCAUGGUGGCCCGAUGCUUCCUUAGACAUUGUGACAGUUUUGGCCUGUACGCUCUGUACAGCAAAAACAAACCUCAGUCUGAUGCCCUGAUCCUGCACCGUCGGCAUGACAUCUUCAAGAGGAAGCAGCAGGAGCUUGGAGACAUGAUGGACCUAUCAUCCUACCUGCUGAGGCCCAUCCAAAGAAUCAGCAAGUACAGCCUCCUGCUGCAGGACAUGCUAUCCCUAGCUCGCUCAUACAGGCCAAAAGACAUGAUCCAGGAUACGCUGCAUACUAGUGUGUCUGCACAAAAUGUAUGCAGCCUAGGCGCCUAUUUGCCUGAUCUGACAACCGGUGAAAGGGAGCGGGAGAAGGCUGAGAUCCAAGCUGCCGCAGACCUGGUUCGGUUUCAGAUGCGCCAUGGCAAUGAUUUGCUCACCAUGGACGCCAUCCAGGACUGUGACGUAAAUUUGAAAGAGCAGGGUCAGCUGGUUCGCCAGGAUGAGUUCACAGUUCUCUUUAGGAAGAAGAAAUGUGUCCGCCGCGUUUUUCUCUUUGAAGAACUCAUCCUCUUCAGCAAGACCAAGAAGACAGAUAUCGGCAACGAUGUGUAUGUCUACAAGCAGUCAUUCAAGACGAGUGACAUCGGGAUGACUCACAACUCAGGUGUGAGUGGUUUGUGUUUUGAAAUCUGGUUCCGUAGGAGAAAAAUUGAGGACACCUAUACCCUGAAGACUUCCAGCAUGGAGCUGAAGAAAGCCUGGACCACUGACCUGGAGAGGAUUCUGUGGGAUCAAGCCAAUCACAGCAGAGAGCUGCGCUUGCAGGAGAGGGUGUUUAUGGGGAUGGGCCGCAAACCAUUCAUGGACAUUCAACCCAGUGAUGCCGCCAUCUGUGACCGAGCUGUCAGCUGUGCUCUACCAGGGAAAAUCCCUGUGGCCUGUUGUUCAUACAGGGGCUUAGAAUAUCCACGGCCACACUCCAUUGGCUCCGGUAGCACCGCCUCGACCACCAUCAGCCAAUCAUCUUCCUCCUCUGGACGAGGUUCUCUGCCCCCUGCUGGUUAUUCUGGAAACCAGUCCCAAGGAUUGGAAUCUAGUCCUGUUGGCUGCUCCUCCCCUGAAGCUGUAAUUGAUAAUGAACUAAACAAUCACCAUCUCCGUCAGCAUCAUCUUCAUCGUAACAGUGAACCGUGGAGAAGUCAUCCUACCCUGGUUGACAGCACUGAAUCAUCAGGAGAAUGCAACAACCACUUCAGCAGCUCAGACCGCAGCUGCCUGUCUGCCAUCAGUGGAGAGGUAUUGGAUGACUCCUCCUCGUUCAUAUCCCAGAGGUCUGUGCAGCGCCCACCACUUAUUCGGACCCCCAGCAUGAGUAAAAACAGCUCACCAGCGGUUACAAGAAAGAAACUAGGUGUCGCUCUGAAACCUUCACAUCUGGCAAAUGCUCAGGUACAGAGUGAUGACAUCAUCAUUGGAAAAUCUACAGAAGUUUAACCCCCUUGAUCCCUACUGAAGAUCAUUGGUCUUCUGAACUUUCCUGCCUCUCUGAGGAUCUUCUGACCUCCAUGCAGAUAGAGUGAGAAAGUUACCUUGUGGCCACACAGUCACAUGGCUGUCAACAAGCUUUUUCACGACACUAUUUCUUCUUUUCAAUGAUUUAUUGAAGCAUUAGUGGUGGGUUGUGUUGGCAUCAUAAGACAGUUGGUAGAAUGAGGAUCACCUGCUUCAUAUGCUGACUGAUGCCACCAUUGGAACAAAGAAGAUGAAACUGCUACGUGGGCACUGUGGUUAACAGUUGACAGACUGAGAGAACUACACACAUGUGAACAAGCAAAUUUUUUGCCUAUUCAGUCUCACAAUACUUGCCUUUCUGUUUUCACACGGGAGGAUCAUCAUCACCCAGUCAAAGGAGACAUAUGACAUGUACUUUGAUCAAACGCCUGUUCUGUGCGGAGUGUAAAAAUAUUAAUUAUUAUAAGCAAUGAUUAAAGAUGAUUUUUUUUUUGUCACAUGAGUGAAAAGCUAUAAUGGAACAAUUGUUCCAGAGUGGCAUCUGUAUUUGAGAGCUAACCACACAUAUGGGAGAGCACUUGCAUCCAGUGUCACAAGUGAAAUUCAUUUCUCCAUGUUUGCUGCUCCUUUUUAUUCAUCAGCUGUGAAGUGUUGUGUAACUAGCAGUUUUAGGUCCCAUUGUUCUUUUAAAGCAGGACAUCAUUGUUUUGGUUAGAAGAUGACAAGGGAAACACAGCAGACCAAAACAAAGCUCAAGUCCUGAGCUUUCCUCUGGCCAUAAGCCCAGUGCUAGCUACAGACGCUUUAUUAAUUUAAGACCAUAUGUGGAUACACAUGUGGAUGUUGCAGCUCAUACAGAGAACUAAAAUCAUUUGUUAAUAAGAAAUGGAGAUGUUAAUACAUACACCUUAAAGGAUUCUUAAUCAUUUCUUUUUGAAGAAGUUUUAGCUUUCUGCUGUGUUUGUAAACACAUACUUUUUACAUUUCCUUCACUGGAUAUUGUUACAGUAGUCUUAUAUUAACUAAUUUAUCCAAAGGAACAGACCACUUGUUUGCAUGUUUGAACACCCUGAUUUGAAUUGCUUUAGGCCUUAUAUAGUUCAUUGUCCACAUACUUCAUACAGACACAGUAUCUGACUUUCAGGUAAAAACCACUUCCUGGUAUUAAGGGUCCACUAAUGGUUCCACACUGAUCAAACUUCCAGCUUUAUACUCAUUAAAAUGACCGUCACAGAAAAGUGUUUUUUUUUUAAGAACAUGAAAAUGCUUUUGUUUUUGUUUCAUAGAAAAGUCAUUUAAAAAGAUGUUUUUUUCAACCUCUGAAUAUUGUUGGUGCAAAAAGUAUAAAAAGCUAUGACAAGAGCUUGAAACACAGAGGUCAAAAGGUGAAGCUCUGUGUAAUGUUUUUUUUCAAUCCACUAACUCCAAUGACACAACUUUUUAUUGUUUGAUCUUUUUAAUUGAUUACUUACAUUUCCCAAAGGUUUUGUUUGUCAACGUGUUUAUUCAUUUUAUUGUUUCUUGUUUAAAUGUGGGGUCAAUGCUAUUCUUUUUUUCUUUCUUUCUGUCUAAAGUUUUCUUGAAGAGAUGUUUCAUUGUAGUUUCUUUCCUCUGAACUCUGUUACCUUCAAGAAAUAAGACAGACUGUAGUAACACGAAGAUAACGAAAGUCUGUGAAAAAAGUUUCACUUCUUUAUUCGGAUAAUGCAUCAGUUCCCCAGAAGGACAGGCGUAGACACUGUUGCACAACUCAUCAGUUUAAGCUGGGGUAGGUUUAAGGUCAGUCCUGACACAUUUAGUUCCCUAUAGCUAAAAAUAUAUUCACUGUACAGUAAAUAUACAAUUUACCCAUUCUGUGGUACUCAUUUCAUUUAUACACAACUCUUGAGUUUCUUGUAUCAGUAUGCCAGAUUAGAGAAUAAUUUAAUUUCAUGAGCUGUUCAAGAUAAUCGACAAUCCUGAAAGAAUGAGUUCUGUCACCCUGAGCUGAAUGUGAGAAAUAUGUAUUUAUUGUAUUUUCUAUUUAAUUAUUUGGAAAAUAAAAAACAGUAAAAAAAACUAUCUAUUGUUUUGGAU